AUGGCAUUAGAAGAAUUUAAUGUAACAGGGCACCGAGUCUACAGCAUUGCCCUUGCCGAACGGCAAGGGUGGCUUGGGAGCCUUUUUGGAGGCAUUCUUUGCUCCUUUGAUCUAGGUCCUUGGUCUAUCAGCAAGAGUGAAGGUCGCGAAGCCCAACGCCAGCUGCAUGUUGGAUUCGUCGUCUCACUGUUUCAGUGCCUAACAGCUAAAACAAGCGAGUCUUUUCGUGAGAAGAUUUUUCAUGGUUCCUACCGUUCAGCAAGGCUAAAGGUUGUGGGGGCAUUCGGCAUCGGCAAGUCUCGGCUUCGGCAGCAGAAAGUCUCGGCUCGUGUUGUCACGGCUCUAGCAAGGGGUCUUCUCCGGUUCAGCAAGGUCAAAAAAUGGAGGUUUCAACCAAAUGUGGCAAGCGCUGUGUAG